AUGUCCAAAAUUCCUUCUAGUACCUCCCAAUGGGUUCUCGAGUCCAGCACUGGAUCUUCGGAUCUCACGCUGAAGCAGGACAUACCUCUUCCACCCAUCGGUAGACAUGAUGUUCUUGUCAAAAUACACGCGGUAGCAUUGAAUUCCCGUGACAAUCAAAUCCUCCACAACACCUACCUCUGGGGCUCAACGCCUGGCGUCGUUCCACUCUCUGAUGGAGCUGGCUUGGUCAUUGCUGUCGGAGAAGCGGUCACUCGCUUCACCACUGGCUCCCGAGUAGCCGCGACCUUCCACCGGGGGUGGCUAAGCGGAAAACUCUCGUCCAUUGCACAAGUCUCCCAAAUCGGUGCGCAUUCGGACGGUUUGCUGCGGCAGUAUAUUGUGUUUCAUGAGGAUGAGCUUGUUGCGAUACCGUCGAAUUGCAGCUUCGUGCAAGCUAGUACUUUGCCCUGUGCCGCCCUUACGGCGUGGAAUGCACUCUUUUGCGGAAGUGUGAGCCUUAAGCCUGGUGAUGUUGUUCUUGCCCAAGGUAGCGGAGGGGUUAGUCUAUUCACGAUCCAGUUUUCAAAGGCAGCCGGUGCGACGGUUAUAGCAACUACAGGACAGUUGGGUGGAGAGCGCGAACGUUAUCUCAGACAGCUUGGAGCAACUACAGUGCUAAGUUAUAAGGAUGCCGACUGGGGGAAGAAGGUAAAAGCGGCCACUGGUGGCCGAGGAGUGGACUUUAUUGUGGAAGUCUCGGGGGCUGCAGACCAAUGUGCAGCAGCGUUGAGGCUUGGUGGUCAGAUUGCUGUGGUGGGCGGCGUUGGAGGGCCUGGAGGGUCAGUAUUUGAUAUGCGCAACAUAUUGGGCGAAUUGAGACGUGUAGUCGUGGGGAGUCGUGAGCAAUUUGAGGAUAUGAAUCGUGCCAUUGAGGCAAAUGAUAUCCAACCAGUGAUAGAUGAAACUGUCUGGGCAUUUGAGCAGGCUAAGGAAGCAUUUGAAUAUGCACAAUCCGGAAAGACUAUGGGUAAAGUAGUUAUUCGUCUUGAGGACUACGAACGCCAUUAG